UUUUUUGGUUCUUUUUUUCGGAGCUGGGGACCGAACCCAGGGCCUUGCCCUUCCUAGGUAAGCACUCUACCACUGAGUUAAAUCCCCAGCCCCUCUGCCCUUAUUUUGAGUGACUUUUUCUCCAAGUUUUCUCAAAUCUGAAGUGCUCCUUGGAGGUUUUCCCCACUUUUCUGAACUGUUCCUAAUUUUUUAGCAAGCCUUACGGCUCCUUUUUUUUGGAGGGCAGGGAGGGUAUCUCACUGUGUAAGUCACUGGCGGCCUUGAACUCAUAGAGAUCUGCCUGCAGAGGCCCUUGUGAGCUAGAAUUAAAGGCGCGUGUCAUUCCUGGUCUUCUCACAAUUUUAAUUUUAAUUUUUUUUUUUUUUCAGAGCUGAGGACUGAACCCAGGGCCUUGAGUUUGCUAGGCAAGCGCUCUACCACUGAGCUAAAUACCCAACCCCUUAAUUCUAAUUUUUUUGAGACUCAGUUUUGUUACAUUAUACAGAUUAGGCUGUCCUUGAAUUAAGAUUUUCCUGCAAGAUUUUCCUUGAGUUUUUUUCAAAGAGACAGGGUUUCUCUGUGCAACACUGGCUGUCCUUGCUCUGUAGACGAAGCUGGCCUGGAACUCACAGAUCCACCUGCCUCUGCUUUUCCAGUGCUAGCAUGAAAGGCGUGCACCCUUCUUUCUUUUUUGAGGCAGGGUCUCACAGGGGCUGGUCUGGAACUCACUCUGCACCCAGGGUAGCCACAAAUUCAUGGUCAUCUUCCUGCCUCAGCCUGAAGACUGAUAGCAUUAUAGGUGUGAGCCACUAUUCCUGGCUUUUUUCCCCACUUUAGCUAGCUGUCCCUUUUACUAGUAAGAGACAAUGUGGAUUCCUCUUAUUCCUGAGGGGUACUACAGCAUAGGAGUUCCCCCACCUAAUUGUCUGGGAUUUUUCCCUUCUUGAGAUUUCCCUCCUUUAUUUCGUGGGAGAGACAUCAUUUAGCCUCGAAGCCACCGAUUUUAAGAUUCCUCUUAUUUCUGUGUGAUAUCCAAGUCUCUAUUGUGAAGGGAAAGACUUACAAAUGUUUUCUUUUGUUUAGUUUUCUUUCUUGACAUUUUUGGGGUUUCUCAGUUAUCGUUAUCAUUGUGUUUUAUUUUUUAGACAGGGUCUUUCACUGUGUAGCCCAGGUUGCUCUCAAAGUGUCCGUGUAUAUAUGUAGCUAGGCUGUCCUUGAAUCAUCUUGUUUAAGCUUCCAGAGUGUUGGAUUUUUUUUUUUUUUUUGACUUUUAUCUUAACUUUCAUAGGACCGAGACUUUUGUGGCUAGAGGGAAAGUUGGGAGACCAAUAUGCAAAACAAAAAACAGCAAAACAAAAAUUUUCCUCCCUAAUGCCUUUCUAUGUCCUAGGAUUUGAGGAUGUUUGUGGGUAUGUUACUCUUAUUUUCUAUCGUUUUUUUUCCCCUUUUUAAAAAAUUAUAUUUUUAUUUUUGGAGACAAGAUCUCUAUUAUGUAGCCCUGGUUGGCCUGGAACUCACAAGAGUUCUACCUGAUCUUCCUGCUUCUGACUCUUCAAGCACUGAGAUUAAAGUCAUUAGUCACCAUACCAACUUUUUUUUUUUUUUGGUUCUUUUUUUUUUUUUUCCGGAGCUGGGGACCGAACCCAGGGCCUUGCGCUUCCUAGGCAAGCGCUCUACCACUGAGCUAAAUCCCCAACCCCCAACUUUCUUUUUUUUGAGUCAGGGUCUUGUCAUGUAGGUCACUCUGCUCUCAAACUUUUGAUAGUCCUCCUGCCUUAGCCUCUUAAGUGCUGGCAUUUUAGGUGGGCAAUGUCCCAAACUUUAUUACAUUUUCCUGAUAUCCGAGGCCAGUGUCAGAAGACUGUGGGCACUGAGAGACAAGGCAGAAACAUUGUCUCCCUUUUAUCACAAGGUCAAGCCUUAUGUAUGUUACUUCCUGUCCUGUUCCUCAGUCCUCACAGACACAGGACCUUCCCUUCCUGAAGAAAAGAAAGCACUCCUUUGCUCUUUCAAGGCUUCCUGCUGCGUUGAGCCUCUGAUUUACUUCUUGAUCAAAAGAGGAGCCCCAGGUUGUGACCUUGGUUUGAAAGGACAAAAGCAGGAAACGGGUCAUCUUAGGUCUGGAAAAGGUGCAAAGGGGGCAAGAGACAGUGGAGUUAACUACAUUUCAGUAAGUUUUAGGUGACUUUGACCUGGCCCAAAGGAAGGUUUUCCAUGGUGUUUACAAAUCUCUUAUGUAUUUUUUUAGUGGCCCACCCUGGAUUCCAAGUCACUGCAGUAGCUAAUUUUAUCUGCUUUGCCAAGGCAGAGCUCUCAGGAGCCUAAGGAAAUGAAUGCUGGCAUUGAGAGAUGGUCCACAGGACAGAAAUGAACUCAGUUUGAAAUCUGAGUAAGUCCUAACCGCUUCGAGUCCCACAGGCUGGUUUCAGGCUGGGAACCAAGAGAGCUGGCCUGAGCAGAACACCAAAGUGGGUGAGCUGUUUGCUUUUAGCCUUGCAACAAGUUGUGUCCCUUUCUCGGUUCAGCUCAACCUUUUACUUUUCUUUCAAGUUUGACUUAACACAGUCUUUCCCUGUUCCUUUUCCAUCUUGGUCUUCCUUAAUUUGAAUCUUUUGUGAAGACUUCUGCUGAGGCUAUAAUUUGAGUUCUAAAUCUGUCAGUGGACCAUGUGGACACAAGUUUCAACUCGAGCUAUUUUCUUCUGUGGAGAAGCAGUUGGAGAGUUUCCUGGGUCCUCAGCUCUUGGGGUAGUCAAGUCCAGGCAGGAGGCUGCUGCAGACCUGUUGCUUUCCAUUGCUUCUUGCUGGUCAUCAGUAGGUCCUUGCUCUUAGUGAAGAGGAGAGAUGGUGAGGAGCUUGGGACUUAGGGUGUCCUGGGAUGAGAUCUACAUGUAUAUAUUUAUCACUUGAAAGAAAACCCAGCUCAUACAGUGUUCAAAAAAAGAGGUUGGCCAGCACAUUGAGCCAGCACAUCCACAUAAGUUGCCUUUUGACAGAGCUGUGGCCAUGACGGCAUGGUAGGACCAGCGUCACGGACCCUGAGGCCAGAAUGAGUGAAGAAGCAUGCCGAACCCGCAGUCAGAAGCGAGCCUUUGAACCUGACCUAACGGAGGAUGAUGUGGAGAGCAAGAAAAUGAAAAUGGAGAGAGGACCAUCAGAACUGCCGGUGGAUGGAGACAGCAGGGUGAUGCCAGAGCCCAGUGCAGGCCCAGCCCAGGGGUUGCUGAGGACAACAGAGGCCAUGGGCACAGGAUCUGGCGAAGGGCUGUUAGGAGACGGGCCUGUGGACAUGCGUACCUCACACAGUGACAUGAAGUCUGAGAAGAGACCUCCCUCGCCUGAUGUGAUUGUGCUCUCUGACAGCGAGCAGCCAUCAAGCCCGAGGGUGAAUGGCCUGACCACAGUGGCCUUGAAAGACACCAGCACUGAGGCGCUCUUGAAAAGCAGCCCAGAAGAGCGAGAACGGAUGAUCAAGCAGCUGAAGGAGGAAUUGAGGCUAGAGGAAGCAAAGCUGGUCUUGUUGAAGAAGCUGCGACAGAGUCAAAUACAGAAGGAAGCCACUGCCCAGAAGCCUACAGCUUCCUCAGGGAGCACUGUGACCACCCCUCCCCCACUCGUGCGGGGUCCCCAGAACAUUCCUGCUGGCAAGCCAUCACUCCAGACCUCCUCCACUCGGAUACCCGGCAGCAUCAUCCCACCACCACUGGUCCGAGGUGGGCAGCAGGUGUCUGCCAAACUGGGACCACAGGCCAGCUCUCAAGUAGUCAUGCCACCACUUGUCAGGGGAGCCCAGGUGAGUCAGCAGAUUCACAACAUCAGACAGCAUUCCUCCACGGGGCCACCACCCCUCCUCCUGGCCCCCCGUGCCUCAGUGCCCAGCAUGCAGAUUCAGGGACAGAGGAUCAUCCAGCAGGGACUCAUCCGGGUCGCCAAUGUCCCCAACACCAGUCUGCUCGUCAAUAUCCCUCAGCCUACGGCAGCCUCACUGAAGGGGACAACAGUUGGCUCUGCUCAGGCAAACUCCACUCCCAGCAGUGUGGCUUCUGUGGUUGCCUCUGCUGAGUCCCCAGCUAGCCGGCAGGCUGCUGCCAAGCUAGCGCUGCGCAAGCAGUUGGAGAAGACACUGCUGGAGAUCCCCCCACCCAAGCCCCCUGCUCCGGAGAUGAACUUCUUGCCCAGUGCUGCCAACAAUGAAUUCAUCUAUCUGGUCGGCUUGGAGGAAGUGGUGCAGAACCUGCUGGAGACGCAAGCGGGCAGGAUUUCUGCCACCUCAGCUGCUGCCGUGUUAUCCCGGGAGCCUUACAUGUGUGUGCAGUGUAAGACAGACUUCACAUGCCGCUGGCGAGAGAAGGGUGGAGCUGUCAUGUGUGAGAACUGCAUGACAUCCAACCAAAAGAAGGCACUAAAAGUGGAGCACACCAGUCGCCUGAAGGCCGCCUUCGUGAAGGCGCUACAACAAGAGCAGGAGAUGGAGCAGCGACUGCUGCAGCAGGGCGUAGGCACCGCCAGCAUCAAGGCUGAGACCGCAGCUCCACAUCCCUCGCUGAAGCAGGUCAUAAAGCCCCGACGUAAGUUGGCGUUCCGCUCAGGAGAGGCCCGUGACUGGAAUAACGGGUCCGUACUACAGACUUCCAGCCAGCUGUCCCGGGGUUCAGCCACAACACCUCGUGGUGUUCUGCACACUUUCAGCCAGUCACCCAAACUGCAGAACGCAGCCUCAGCUACGGCCCUGGUAAGCAGGACUGGCAGACAUUCCGAGAGAGUCGUGGGCACCAGCAAGGGCACCGCCUCCAACUGGAAAAAGACACCUCUGAGCACAGGUGGGACGCUUGCCUUCGUCAGCCCAAGCUUGGCAGUGCACAAGAGCUCCUCGGCCGUGGACCGACAGCGAGAGUACCUCCUGGACAUGAUUCCUCCACGCUCCAUCCCCCAGUCAGCCACAUGGAAAUAGUGGGAGCCGGCCCAGCCGAGGACAGGCCCUCUGCUCUCCCGAGGCCCUUGGUCUAGGACACGCAGACUACCCUCCUAGCAAGUUGCCUGAGACAGCUCAGGCCUUGGCUCUUGCCUUGCUGUGGCCAGGAGAGUACCACCAUGGUGCCCAGGAUCAGAACCAGGGACCUUCCCUAUGGGCCUUCUCCUUCCUUUUUGCCUUUAGUUUGCCCGACACCAGCAGAAACUCGGACCUUGGGGCCAGCUCUGCCUGGCCAGCGUGGGUGGGAGCUCACCCUGGACACUGUGACACACCCGGGCCAGACUGGCACCGGGGGCUCCCGAAGUUGAGCCGGGAUUUCGUUUUCUUUUGGCUUUUCCCAUCUUAGCUCCCCAGUCUCUGCCUCUUCAUGGCCAUCUAUAGGUUGAAGUUUGGGUUUUAUUGGGUUUUUUGUUUUUGUUUUUUUUAUAAUCACCUCAUAAUGAUGAUGGAAUUAAAGUGAACUGCAUAGACCCAGGGUCAUGGUUGUGCACAGUGCAGUCUGGCAGGCUCUACCCCAGAGGAUGCUCAGAGUGGCAGCAGCAGAGAUGGCAGGUGCCACCCUGGCUCUGGUCGUGUUUGUUGCUGCUCACUGCAGUCCCUGGCUUCCACACUUAGCAGAAUGAACCGCAGCCCAGAUCUGUCUGACAUCCAGAGGCUCCAGAGGGAUGCUGGGGUCCGCCAUGCUGGAGUCAGAGCUGACUGCUGGCUGGGAGGCUGCUGGGUUACUUUUCGUGGUUUAUUUUAUUAAAAAUUUCUAUCCUUUUUCUCUUCAUUUUGAUGGACACAAUCUCAAGAUGCCCAUGCCUGCCAAGAGGCAUCCAAGUAGGGCCCAGCCAGAACCCUUAGGUCUGGAGUCAGCAGGGCUUACUCCCUCUUAGCCACAGGGAUGUCUGAAAGGGCUGAGUCUACUUUUGUUCUGUUUUGUUUCCUUCUCCCUCCACUCUUAACAAUGGGUUCCAUGGUGAAAGGCAGAAGCAGCUCUGUGUCCAGCACGCACGGUGCGGCCUUCUGCUCAUGUGAUUGGUCGCCGUCGUUUCCCCAUCCAGCCCUGGUUUCCCUUGACACAAUACAGUUAGGGACUUUAAUUUAAACCCUUGUUCUGCAGACCAUCGCCCUCUGCAGACAUGCCCCUGCCUCCUCCUAAUAAAGGCUCAUUUAACUCCGUGA